CAGGCUCACCUCCUUAACUGGCUUCUGAGGGUGUACCUUAAAUGCCAGUUUGUUAGGCUGGGCAUCAGCCAGGCCUGGCAGCUCAUUUCCAUGGGAGGAAGGGCAGUUUCUCUUCACCAGCUGGCCAGUCCUUCCUCCCCGCCCUCUCUCCAUUCCUGCCUAACCCAAUCCUGCCUCUCCUUCAGAGCCAGAUUGCUGCCCGGCUGAUCUCAUACAAACACCCCAGACGUCUGGGAGUCCAAACGCCAGCAGUGGACCAAGGCCCUACAGCUAGCUGCCCACAGCCAUGUUGGCCCUCAGCCUGCUCCUGCUGGGUCUGCUCUCCACAGUGGCACCCGCCAGCUGUCAACAAGGUCUAGGGAACCUUCAGCCCUGGAUGCAAGGCCUAAUCGCUGUGGCCGUGUUUCUGGUCCUUGUUGCAAUUGUCUUUGCUGUCAACCACUUCUGGUGCCAGGAUGAGCCGGAGCCUGGGAGCAUGGUCAUGAUCGUUGGAAACAAGGCAGACGGGGUCCUGGUGGGACUGGAUGGCAGAUACUCCUCAAUGGCAUCUGGUUUUAGGUCCAGCGAGCACAAGAAUGCCUUCGAGAAUGUUCUGGAGGAAGAGGGCAGGGUCCGCAGCACACCCAUGUGACAAGCUCCUCUAUGGUCCCAGCCCCUAGCCGUAGGGGUGCAGAGUUGAUACCCACCAUUUCACCCAGCCGCUGGUCUGCAGGAAGCUGCUGAAACAAGCCGACACUCUUAGCUCUCUUGAAUCACUGUCAUCUCAGGCUAGGGCUCAGUCCAAGCUGAGUACAGGAUGUACUGUGUCCUGGGGACUUCCUGGGGUCUUCUACUCAAUUCUGAGGAGCCUGGUAAAGAGAUGCUCAGCUCAUCCUCUCCUCUUCUUCCUCCCUCCUCCUGCAACUAUGAAAGUGGGCUUUAUUUCUAUGAAAUAAAGACUUUUUAUACUUCUGGG